AAGUUCAAACCCUUUCACUGCUCUAUAUAUAUUCACUACAAAUCACUACACAUAUUAAAAAAAUUAAUACCUACCUAAACCAAACCCCACUUUCAAUUCUUCUUACCCCCUUUUUUCUCUCUCCUCACUCCAUCUUCCACCUCCUCAUCCCGCAGUCGAGUUGUUGAAAGCACUAUAUGCUUCCAGUUAAGAGACCGGCGGGAGGAGAGGCUGACAACGACGAAGUUGUGGAGGUCACCGCCAUUGACGUUUCUCUCAAGAAACCUUGCAAAAUCUCUAGUGCUACUUCAUCUUCUUCGAAUACUUCAGUUUCAGCUGAUUUUACGCCGUCUACUAACGGUAACGGAAAAGAUUCAGGUAACGGUAAAUCUGAACGGCCGAUCAUGGGGCUAGGUGACGGUAACAUCAACAAUCCGAAUGACAUUGAUGAAGAUUUGCACAGUCGUCAGCUCGCCGUUUAUGGCCGUGAGACGAUGCGCCGUCUUUUCGCUUCGAAUGUCCUCGUCUCUGGUUUACAAGGCCUCGGUGCUGAAAUCGCGAAAAAUCUUAUCCUUGCUGGUGUCAAGUCUGUGACAUUGCAUGAUGAAGGAGUUGUGGAAUUGUGGGAUUUGUCCAGCACUUUCGUAUUUUCAGAGGAAGAUAUGGGAAAAAAUCGUGCCCUUGUUUCUGUUCAGAAGUUGCAAGAACUGAACAACGCUGUAGUUGUUUCAACUUUAACGACUGAAUUGACCAAGGACAAGCUUUCUGAAUUUCAGGCUGUUGUGUUCACUAAUAUUAGUUUAGAUAGGGCAAUUGAAUAUGAUGAAUAUUGCCAUAAUCAUCAGCCUCCUAUUGCUUUCAUCAAGUCAGAAGUAUGUGGCCUCUUUGGCAGCAUCUUCUGUGACUUUGGACCUGAAUUCACUGUAGUUGAUGUGGAUGGUAAUGAUCCACACACAGGCAUAAUUGCAUCUAUUAGUAAUGACAAUCCUGCUCUGAUUACUUGUGUGGAUGAUGAGAGGCUUGAAUUUCAAGACGGAGAUCUGGUAAUGUUCUCAGAAGUCUGUGGGAUGACAGAAUUGAAUGAUGGAAAGCCUAGAAAGAUCAAGACUGCUAGGCCCUACUCAUUCACUCUUGAUGAAGAUACCACAAGUUUUCGCCCAUAUGAGAAAGGUGGGAUUGUGACACAGGUGAAGCAGCCAAAGGUGGUGAAUUUUAAACCACUGCGCGAAGCUCUAAAGGACCCUGGUGAAUUCCUGCUUAGCGACUUCUCCAAGUUUGAUCGCCCACCUCUUCUUCAUUUGGCUUUUCAAGGAUUGCAUAAGUUCAUUUCGGCAUUUGAUAGGUUUCCUGUUGCUGGAUCGGAGCAGGAUGCUCAGAAGCUGAUAUCCUUCGUGAAAGAAAUUAAUGAUAGUUUGACUGAUGGUAAGCUUGAUGAUAUUGACCAAAACUUACUUCAGCAGUUUGCUUUUGGUUCGAAGGCUGUUUUGAAUCCCAUGGCCGCUAUGUUUGGUGGCAUUGUUGGACAAGAAGUUAUAAAGGCAUGCUCUGGGAAAUUCCAUCCACUUGUUCAGUUUUUCUACUUUGACUCUGUGGAAUCCCUUCCCACAGAACCCCUGGAUCCAAGUGAUCUAAAGCCCUUGAACAGUCGAUAUGAUGCCCAAAUUUCUGUGUUUGGAGCCAAGCUCCAGAAAAAACUUGAGGACACAAAAUUAUUUGUCGUUGGCUCUGGUGCUUUGGGUUGCGAGUUUCUGAAAAAUCUGGCAUUGAUGGGGGUUUCCUGUGGCAGCCAAGGGAAAUUGACAAUUACAGAUGAUGAUGUGAUAGAAAAGAGUAACCUAAGCAGACAAUUUCUAUUCCGUGAUUGGAACAUUGGGCAGUCGAAAUCUACAGUUGCUGCUGCAGCAGCUGCUGCAAUGAAUCCACGUCUUCGCGUCGAAGCUCUUCAAAAUCGUGCAAGUCCUGAGACCGAGAAUGUUUUUGACGACGCAUUUUGGGAGAAUCUGAAUGUGGUUGUCAAUGCGCUGGAUAAUGUCAAUGCCAGGCUUUACAUUGAUCAGAGGUGUGUGUAUUUUCAGAAGCCUCUUCUCGAGUCAGGGACCCUUGGUGCCAAGUGCAAUACGCAAAUGGUCAUACCUCAUCUAACAGAAAACUAUGGUGCUUCACGUGACCCACCUGAGAAACAAGCACCUAUGUGUACCGUCCAUUCUUUCCCCCAUAACAUUGACCAUUGCCUGACAUGGGCACGCUCUGAGUUCGAGGGACUCCUUGAGAAGACGCCUGCUGAAGUAAAUGCCUUCCUGAACAACCCCGGUGAAUAUGCAUCUGCUAUGAGGAAAGCUGGUGAUGCUCAAGCCAGGGAGACCCUGGAGCGCGUCAUUGAGUGCCUUGACAAAGAAAGAUGUGAUACCUUGCAGGACUGUAUUACCUGGGCACGUUUGAGGUUUGAAGACUACUUCUCCAACCGUGUGAAGCAAUUAACAUUUUCAUUCCCUGAGGAUGCUGUAACCAGUACAGGGGCUCCAUUCUGGUCUGCACCAAAACGUUUUCCACGCCCAUUGCAGUUCUCCAUUAAUGACGCAAGCCACCUAUAUUUUGUGAUGGCAGCAUCAAUAUUGCGAGCACAGACUUUUGGUAUCCCAAUACCUGAUUGGGCCACAUCUCCUCAAAAAUUUUCAGAUGCUGUUACUCAAGUGACUGUUCCUGAUUUUGUGCCGAAGACGGAUGUAAAAAUCGUAACUGAUGAGAAAGCUACAGCACUUUCUACAUCUUCAAUAGAUGAUGGCGAGGUGAUUGAACAAUUGAUUGCAAGGCUAGAGAACAGCAGGGGACAACUCUCUCCUAGCUUCAGGAUGAACCCAGUGCAGUUUGAGAAGGAUGAUGAUACCAACUACCACAUGGACAUGAUCGCUGGACUAGCUAACAUGAGGGCAAGGAACUACCAAAUUCCGGAAGUUGACAAGCUCAAAGCAAAGUUCAUUGCUGGGAGGAUCAUCCCUGCAAUUGCAACGUCCACUGCAAUGGCCACGGGUCUGGUCUGUCUGGAGCUCUACAAAGUCAUUGACGGAGGGCACAAAGUAGAGGACUACCGGAACACUUUCGCCAACCUUGCACUCCCUCUCUUCUCAAUGGCUGAACCAGUCCCUCCCAAAUUGAUCAAGCACCAAGACAUGAGCUGGACAGGGUGGGAUCGUUGGAUUGUAAAGGACAAUCCAACAUUGAGACAGUUCCUUGACUGGCUCAAAACCAAGGGGCUUAGUGCUUACAGCAUCUCAUAUGGCAGUUGCUUGCUGUAUAAUAGCAUGUUUGUGAGGCAUAAAGACAGAAUGGAUAAGAAGUUGGUGGAUGUUGCCAAGUUGGUUACCAAGGCUGAGCUGCCUGCAAAACGUAAGCAUAUUGAUGUUGUAGUUGCUUGUGAAGAUGAGGACGACAAUGAUGUUGAUAUUCCCCAGGUCUCGGUCUACUUUGAGUAGUUUCAUUUUUUGUGGUCAGUAAGGCAAGUAGGAUGCGGAACUUUUGACAGAACACUAGUAUAUCUGCAGUGCUGAGAGGCUGAUAGAGGGUUCGUGAUAAAAACACAAUGUGAUAUAAACUGAGAUCUCUAGACAUUUGCUACGUUUUAAUUUGGCUCAUCUCUGCAUAAUCAUUGGAAGGCAUUCACCCUUCUAAUUGUGACUUCAAAGAUAGAAGUUAAUACAUUUGUGUAUUAAAUGGAACUGCAGAACAUUAGUCUUUUGCACGCA